GUUAAGACAAACAUGUUUUUGUAGUACUAGUGUUCAUUAUUCAUUCCAACCUUUCUCUCUCUCUCUCUCUUCCGCUUGAACUCCGGAUAGUGUUUAUGAAUUGAGAUAACUUUCACUGUUUCCAAAUCCAAGCCUUACCUUUCACGAGAUGAGUUUCAGCAUGACUUUGUUGCACUGCACUCCAACCUGCUUUGUUUUGUAGUGCCUAUAUAUAUAUUCUCACUCACACGUCUAUGCUGUCUUAACUAUUUCCCUUCUUUGUCUUCCUCUGCCUCUCUCUUUCUCUUUCUCUCUCUAUUUAUGUUCCCCCACUCUCUUACUUACUGAAUUUAUAGUCUUCACUCUUCAGUUUCUCUUCAUUUAAGAAAUCCAAUGAGGAGGAUGGAGGCUUUUGUAUUUGUGUUUGUGGCCAUUCUGUUGUGUGGUUGUGUUGCUGCUAAAGAGUGCACAAACAUUCCAACACAAUCUCAUACAUUCAGGUAUGAGCUGUUGAUGUCCAAGAAUGCAACAUGGAAGGCAGAGGUGAUGGAUCACUACCAUUUGACACCAACGGAUGAAACGGUUUGGGCGGAUUUGCUGCCUCGGAAGUUCUUGUCGGAACAGAACCAACAUGACUGGGGGGUGAUGUAUAGGAAGAUUAAGAACAUGGGUGUGUUCAAGUCUGGUGAAGGAUUUCUCAAAGAAGUGCCUCUUCAGGAUGUGAGGUUGCAUAAGGAUUCAAUCCAUGCUAGAGCACAGCAAACAAAUUUGGAGUAUCUGUUGAUGUUGGAUGUGGACAGCUUGAUUUGGAGCUUCAGGAAGACAGCUGGUCUAUCCACACCUGGGACUCCUUAUGGAGGGUGGGAAGGUCCAGAAGUUGAACUCAGGGGUCAUUUUGUUGGGCAUUACUUGAGUGCAUCAGCUCUAAUGUGGGCCAGCACACAGAAUGAUACCCUGAAGCAGAAAAUGUCAUCUCUUGUUGCUGGUCUGUCUGCCUGUCAGGAGAAAAUUGGAACCGGGUAUCUAUCUGCAUUUCCGUCUGAGUUUUUUGAUCGAUUUGAAACUGUCCAACCUGUUUGGGCCCCCUAUUAUACCAUUCACAAGAUCUUGGCUGGCCUCUUGGAUCAACAUACUUUUGCUGGAAACCCUCAAGCUCUAAAAAUGGUAACAUGGAUGGUUGAUUACUUCUACAACAGAGUGCAGAAUGUAAUAACAAAGUACACUGUAAAUAGGCAUUAUGAAUCACUGAAUGAGGAAACUGGAGGGAUGAAUGAUGUCCUUUACAGAUUAUACAGCAUAACGGGAGAUUCUAAGCACCUAGUGUUGGCUCACCUUUUUGACAAGCCAUGCUUUUUAGGGUUGCUUGCAAUGCAGGCUAAUGACAUAGCUAAUUUUCAUGCCAAUACACAUAUCCCAGUUGUUGUUGGAUCUCAAAUGCGGUAUGAAAUCACAGGCGAUCCACUGUAUAAGCAAAUUGGGACAUUCUUUAUGGACCUCGUAAACUCUUCUCACAGCUAUGCAACUGGAGGGACAUCAGUCAGCGAGUUCUGGAGUGAUCCAAAGAGAAUAGCAGACAACUUAAGAACGACAGAGAAUGAAGAAUCAUGCACAACUUAUAAUAUGUUGAAGGUUUCGCGCCACCUGUUUAGAUGGACCAAAGAAGUCUCUUAUGCAGACUAUUACGAGCGCGCCUUAACCAAUGGUGUGCUCAGCAUUCAAAGAGGAACAGAUCCUGGAGUGAUGAUUUAUAUGCUUCCACUAGGCUUUGCGGUUUCAAAGGCUAGAACUGGACAUAGUUGGGGAACACAAUUUGACUCUUUCUGGUGUUGCUAUGGAACAGGAAUUGAAUCAUUCUCAAAGCUGGGGGAUUCUAUCUAUUUUGAGGAGGAAGGAAAAGAUCCCACACUUUACAUCAUUCAGUACAUACCAAGCUCAUUUAAUUGGAAAUCAGGCAAAAUUUUGCUCAAUCAGACAGUUGUUCCAGUUGCUUCAUCGGAUCCUUACCUACGUGUGACAUUUACGUUUUCUCCUGUUGAGAAUACUUUGUCUACAUUGAACUUUCGACUACCAAGUUGGACUCUUCUGGAUGGCGCCAAGGGGAUAUUAAAUGGUCAAACUUUAUCCCUGCCAAAUCCAGGAAAGUAUUUGUCAGUCACAAGGCAAUGGAGUGGUAGUGACAAGCUGACCCUUCAGCUGCCCCUUACCGUAAGGACAGAGGCCAUAAAAGAUGACAGGCCUGAAUAUGCAUCUGUUCAAGCAAUUCUUUAUGGUCCUUAUCUUCUUGCUGGUCAUACAACCGGUGGUGAUUGGGACCUUAAAGCUGGGGCUAACAAUGCAGACUGGAUUACUCCUAUUCCUGCCAGUUACAAUAGUCAACUAGUUUCUUUUUUCCGAGACUUUGAAGGAUCAACUUUUGUCUUGACAAAUUCAAACAAAUCAGUUUCAAUGCAAAAAUUGCCUGAAUAUGGCACUGAUUUGACUCUUCAGGCAACCUUUAGGAUUGUCCUAAAAGAUUCUUCCUCAAAAUUUUCAACAUUAGCAGAUGCUAAUGAUAGAUCAGUGAUGUUAGAACCAUUUGAUUUUCCUGGAAUGAAUGUGAUUCACCAAGGAGCAGGCAAACCUCUUCUCAUUGCAGAUUCUUCUCAUGGCGGGCCAUCUUCUGUUUUCCUUUUGGUACCAGGAUUGGAUGGACGAAAUGAAACUGUAUCUUUAGAAUCCCAGAGCAACAAAGGCUGUUAUGUGUACAGUGGUAUGAGCCCUAGUUCAGGAGUCAAGCUCAGUUGCAAAUCUGAUUCUGAUGCUACUUUUAACAAAGCAACAAGCUUUGUUGCUCUGCAAGGAUUGAGCCAAUACAAUCCUAUCAGUUUUGUGGCUAAAGGCACGAACAGGAAUUUUCUUUUGCAGCCAUUACUCUCAUUCAGAGAUGAGCAUUACACAGUUUAUUUCAAUAUUCAAGAUUGAUACAUUUUUUUCCUUUUAAAAUAAACAGUACAAUAUAAUAUGCUUCGUCUUAUACUCUUAUAAAGGUUCAAGUAAUAGAUAUUCAAAUGUAGAAAGAAUAGUUGAUGAAUAUCUUUCAAGUCUUCGGUGUUGUGUCAUUAAAUGAUACUCAGUGAUAACCAGAAUUGAAAAUUGGAAGUCAGCUGCAGUAAGGUGACCUUUCUAUUCAUUUAUAGAAAAGAAAAGAACCGAGUGGGGAGAGAAUUGAUGAUACAAGUCACUACUCAGUGUAGCUGUUUUCGUUAAUUAUAUCAACAUUUAGUAGCCAUAUUGAUAUGUAAUAAUAGUAUGGCAUGAUCUGUGUUUUCUUUUUAAAACGAAUAUGAAUGAGUUCUACUUCACACUUC